AUGACCGCCCAAGGCCGGCCCUGUCGCCGCUCCUUGGCCUCUCCACAUCCGUCAGGCGCUUCUACACCCCGAAAGAGGGAUGCUCGACAAGAAGCUAUAGAAGUGGCGUCUCUGUACUGCUGGCAGCACAGAGACCAAGAGCCCUCAGUCGACCACAGCACAGCUGCAAUCACACCGGUGAAGCCCAGAACGAGUAUUGAUACAUUAAUGGAUCGACUGGGUGUGCUCGAAAUAAACGAUAAACCAAGCUCUAAACCACCCUCUCAGAAGCGGCACCCUCAUCAGAGACCUCGGCCAAAUCAGAAGCGACCUAGUGAAAAGCGUCGACCAAGGAAGACAAGGACAUUCUGCUGCUUCUACAUUGUGGAAGACGACGGGGAUGAGAAGCCGAGACCAGUUCAGCGUCCUAGACCCUCUCGUCCGACAAACGUCUCAUCUUCUCCAUACCCAAACCAAAAGAUACAAUUACCUGCCUCAGCCGGAAAACCUCAAGAUGGACGAGUGUCAUCCACUCCAACAUCCCGACCAAACACGAAGACAUCUCCCUCACAAACAAAAACCUUACUCUCGUGGAUCCCAUCCACACUGGACCCACAAACAACCUCACUCCUCCUCACAGAACUAGCCAAACCCAUAUCCAACGCCGACGAAGAAGGCUACAUCUACAUGUUCUGGGUGACGCCCCCACCCGCAUCCACCCACCGAAGCCUCGAACCCGGUCCCCCAAUCCCAAGGGACCUAGCAUCCUCCCUGUUCCCGCAAGUCGCACAGAGUAGCAACAACCUACGCCCACCGACACAGUCGCGCAGCAUCAGCGACGCACUCCACACAGCACAAGACCUCAACGCCCUAACCUCCAACCCAACACCGAGUACGCCUGGAACGCUCAGGCUGAAAAUCGGACGCACGAGCAAUGUGCACCGGCGACUCGCUGAGUGGACUCGUCAGUGCUCGUACGAUCUGACUUUGAUCCGUUACUAUCCUUACGCUUCUUCUUCGUCGGCAUCUUCCCCUGCACGUGGUAGUCGGGAUAGGACGGCAUUGCCGGGAAGAAAAGUCCCGCAUGUGCAUCGUGUGGAAAGGUUGGUUCAUCUUGAGCUGGCGGCUCUGCGGGCGCGGGAUUUGGGUCAGUGUUCUGAGUGUGGGAAGGAGCAUCGGGAGUGGUUUGAGGUUGAGGCGGCGAAGGAGUCGCUCCGGAAGGUGGAUGAGUGUAUUCGACGGUGGGUUUCUUGGGCUGAGUCUAUGGCUUGA